GUUGGAUAUGCGAAAGCUGAUUGAUAGGACUCAUCAAGGGAGCAGAAUUUUCGAGUUGGCAUGUCCGUCAGGACUUAGAAGAAUACAUGUGGCUGUGAGAGUCUAAGAGAUCGUGGAAUUCAUGUCAGUGCUGGGAAAGGAAGGGGUGAAAUUCUAGUUGACCUUCACUAUUACUAGUCCACACUUGGCACAAAUAAAAGUCAAAUUUGGUUAGCUUUCACAACAU